AUGGCUAACCUCGGCGGCUGGAAGCCCACCGCCAAGUACUGGACGCAGCCGACGGGAAAGAAGCUGUGUAAGGAUUGCGUGGUGGGUCGCGUGCGACAGAAGCUCGGAGACGACGACGCCGAGAUCAAGCGGCGCUUCCGGGCGAUCUUUGCGAGGAAGGGCCACCUGCUCGUCAAGGCCGGCAUAAGCGGCUACGUGACAUUCGGUUAUGAGCGAGAAGACUCGGCCGAAGAGGACGAGGACGAGGCCAAGGCCAAGAAGGCAAAGACGGAGGAUGGUGGGGCGAGCGGGAAGGCGGGCGCGGACCAAGCAGUACGUCAACCUUCUCGUCGACUUCAUUCGAACACACAGGGCGGCGACAAGGUGCAGUUGACGUCGCUGGGCAAGGUGCCGAAGCCGCAUGGCCUGCAGCGCAAGCUCAAGUCGGUGAUCAAGCAGCAUCCUGCCAUCUUCACCCUGUACGAGGGCGCCGUCUCCGGCGGCGCGGAAACCGUUUCUCUCGUCGUCACCCCGUCACCGCCGGCCGCUGUCCCUCCGCAGCCUGCCUCGCCGUCGUCGCAGGGCCCGCCGGUCGCCGCGACGGAGGAGCAUACCGUCAUUGCCUUCGGCCAGCAGCUGCGCGCGGACGACGCCCUGCGCGCCCGCUGCGCCAAGAAGGACGCCUUCAAGGCCGAGUACGCCGCGUGGAAGGCCCGCGAGCUCACCGACGGGCGCAAGUGGCGCGGCGCGGCGGCGACCGUGCUCUUCCGCCUGUGGCGCUUCUCGGCGGCGCAGGGCGCGAGGCUCGGCGUGGUGCGCAUCAAGGCCGUUGUCGGCCAGCGCGUCUACUUCGCCGCGAUCGGCGCCAUGGCGGCCCUCGCGGAGAGCGUCGUCGAGCAGCGCGACGUGAUGGAGAAGGACAAGUUCGGCGUCCGCGUGACGCCUCUCCACGUGUUCGAGGGAGGGCUCAUCGUCCGUCGCGGCGCCGCGGUCCAGCGCACGCUCGUCGUCGAGAACGCGAGCGACGAGAUGCGCGAGCUGGCCGGCGCCAGCUUCCUGCAGCGCGGCCCGGGGCCCUUCUCGAGCAGCUUCACAGGCGAGGACGGCGCGCUCGUUCUGACGCCCGGGGGGAAGGUGACCCUCACCCUCACGUGCCGCCCCAUCCUCUCCGGCAUGUGCAACAACGUGCUCAACCUCAACUUCGGCCACUUUGGCAUCGCCCGCUUCCUCGAGGUGCGCUGCGGCGACGCCGAUGCGAUCACCGACCUCGCGCCCACCCGGCCCUACCAGAGGCGCCCGAGGCGCCGCCCGCCGCCGCCGACCAAAGAGACUGAAGUGGUCGAGGCGCCGCCGCUGGGGUCGUCGUCGUUUGGCGGCGCGGCCGCCAACACGCGCCGGGCGCAGGCGGGGAAGCUACCACUCUACAGGAUCCCCGGAAGCCUCCGCGCGGCCGUGGGCAGCGGCGAGGCCGGCGAGGCCCUCGAGGCGGCCUGCGAGCAGAUGAAGCGGCUGCUGGGCGGCGUGAGCGAGGCGGCGGCGUUGGCGGCGUACAAGAAGGCGUUCCACGAGCUGCUGUGGGUGGAGGAGAUGCAGCUGAACGACGACCUGCGGGAGUUUGACCUGCGCGCCGACGACGCGACCGUCCUCACGCCGCGCGGCCGGCUGUUCGCCCUCGAGGUGCGCGGCCUCGCCGAGAAUCGGCCCUCCGUCCUCAAGGGCGACGUCAUCAAGGCCAACUUCCCCGGCGGAUCAACGAGUGAGAUUCUACCAGAUGACGAAGCUGGCCAUGCGGGGACAGCUGGAGCAGCCGUUGCAGCCCCUGUGGCGCUGGGCGGCAUCUACGCCGCUACCACUGCUGGCGGCCCCGCGCAUCCGCCUCAGCAAUAUCGGUCGACAUCUUUCUUUGAGAGAGUCCGCUUUUAUGAAUUCUUCUUUCGACUGUCCCGUGUGGGCGACUGA